GCAGAGUCGGGCUUCUGGGCAAUGGCAAUGGGCACGGCGUAGAUGCUUGUCGCGAGCGAGACAAUCACGCAGAAGGCAACGACGGCCAGCGACGCACUCAAAUGCUUCAUCUCAAUGGAAAAUCAAAGGAAAAUCAAGAGGAAAAAAAGGAUUGAGCUGGAUUGUUACGAAUCGGGAUUACGAGCAGAGGUAAGGAUUUGCUUGAGUUUCGCUCCAUAGCAUUUCAUGAACUAGCCUUUUGGUCGCUUCAUCAUUCAGUCGUCCUUUUGGCUUCGCUCCAAACCCCCCCCCCCCCGCCUUCAUUCCUUCCUCACACUUGUUACACAAUGGCGACCAAGCUGCAGCAGUUCACGCUCGUGUUUGGCUUUGUCUCUGCCGUCUGGACGGUCUUCCUGCUCAACCUGCAGCCAGCCGCGCUCAAGCCGUCGCCCGCCGUCAGCCAGAUCAUCCCGGCGCUGCCGUUCGUCGCACUCGUCGCGUUCUGCGCAUACUCACUCAUGGCCAUCGGGUACCGAUUGGCAACCUUCAACGACUGCAACGAAGCCUCGCAGGAGCUCCAGCAGGAGGUCAAAUUGGCGCGCGCAGACCUGAGCGCAAAGGGCUUCAAGUUCUGAGCAGCGCAGCAGCUUUACUGUAUCCUGUAGUGUUGUUGUCGAAUGUUGAAUAGAUGAGGAAUUUUGCAUGGAUCCUUGUAUGGAUGGGUGGUCCCCCCGAUUCCGCAUAUGUUGAACAAAGGAUGGGCAGCUCAAACCGCUCAUCGUCAAUGUCGU